GCCCUGACCGGCUCACCGCCCAAUCGCUGCGGGCCCGCCGAGCCCCGGGGGGCUGGGGCCGCCGCCGCCAGAACGUGCCGCGGCUGCGCCAACGCGCGAACGCCGGGCAGGGCGGCGGGCGCGCUCAGUCUGGCGGUGGCUGCCGUGAGCUGACGGACGUGCUGGGAACGCCGCAGCAGCCCGCGCCGCCCGCAGCCUAGCCGAGCCGCGCCGCCCGGGCCUCGCCUGCCCGCCUGCCCGCCAUGGUGUCAUGGAUCAUCUCCAGGCUGGUGGUGCUUAUAUUUGGCACCCUUUACCCUGCGUAUUAUUCCUACAAGGCUGUGAAAUCAAAGGACAUUAAGGAAUAUGUCAAAUGGAUGAUGUACUGGAUUAUAUUUGCACUUUUCACCACAGCAGAGACAUUCACAGACAUCUUCCUUUGUUGGUUUCCAUUCUAUUAUGAACUAAAAAUAGCAUUUGUAGCCUGGCUGCUGUCUCCCUACACAAAAGGCUCCAGCCUCCUGUACAGGAAGUUUGUACAUCCCACGCUAUCUUCAAAAGAAAAGGAAAUCGAUGAUUGUCUGGUCCAAGCAAAAGACCGAAGUUACGAUGCCCUUGUGCACUUCGGGAAGCGGGGCUUGAACGUGGCCGCCACAGCGGCUGUGAUGGCUGCUUCCAAGGGACAGGGUGCCUUAUCGGAGAGACUGCGGAGCUUCAGCAUGCAGGACCUCACCACCAUCAGGGGAGACGGCGCCCCUGCUCCCUCGGGCCCCCCACCACCGGGGUCUGGGCGGGCCAGCGGCAAACACGGCCAGCCUAAGAUGUCCAGGAGUGCUUCUGAGAGCGCUAGCAGCUCAGGCACCGCCUAGAAUCCUUCGAUCUCGCUUCAGGAAGAAAAGUACCUCAUCCUCGGCCACCGAAACCACGUGAGUGAGAUGAGCCAACAGCACCGGAUCCACAGAAUGUUUCUUCUCUGCCUUAAAGAGCUAUUCACUAAUAACAGAAAUCCGCAAGCUGGGUGUGCUUUGAGUGUGCAGCCUCACAAACAUGGCCUUUUCUCUCUCCCCUUCCACUUUUAAGGAUUUAUUUUUUUCCCCCUUUUCUUUAUUUUGCUGGGGAGAGGCUAAAGGGAAAGGUAGUAGGGGCGGGGGUGGUGACCUUCAAGUCUUCUGAGGUUGGUAAUUUUCCACAAUUGGAUUGUCAUUAUAGACAGCAGUGUGUUUUUUAGAAAGAUAAGAGAAUCACCCCUAUGCUGCUGAGAUGUACAUUUGUAAUUUAUCUGUUGCAUACUUAGUUUUUAGUCCUGUAAAUGCAAACACAGCAUUUUUUAAAACUUUCUUUGUUCUUGGUACUAAUACUUUGAACUAUGAUGUACAUAUUUAUGGCUUUUGGCUUUUAAUAUAAUGGACUUGCAAGGGCUGCCAGAGGUUCUGAUAUGUAAGAAAACUGCAAAAACAAAUAUAGAAAAAUAUUUUGAUUCUAGAGAACGUCUCAGAUGUGCUUAUAAAGCUUCCAAAUACAACUCCAGUAAGACAUCCCUUUCCCUGCAGGAGUGUGGUCUAUAUUCUUUAGAUAGUUGUUCGGUCAAAAGACGAGACAAGUUACAAACUAAGAGAAACAAUAUUUCACAACACAGUAAAGUGUGAUGAGAGGUCAGGGGAACAUCCCAGUAAAAGAGAAGAGUCACAGGAAGCUCAUCUCCUCCCUGGAUUCUGGAUUAGGAGCUUCUGAAUCUUUUCCAGGGAUAGGCAGGUAGCUCACUCUUGGUGCAAUUUCUUGAGGAUGGGAACAUGUAGAGCUGCUGGAAGGAGUAAUUCUGUGCUUGACAAAGGACGAUUUCUCCUUUAUCGUGACCAGUGCUGCUGAUUUCCUGACAGAGGAGCUUACACUCUGAGCACCUUGUUUUAGCGAACUCUAGCAAAACUUGUUUAGCUUAGCAAAAACAAACACACAAAAAACUGAGAACUCUGCUGUUUCAGAUAUGCCAUAACAUACACCUGAAACACAUGUGUAACAAUCAAAAUGGUGAGCUCUAGAAUGGUUUUAGAGCUUGAGAUCUUCAUGGGUUAGACUUGCUGGUCAGACCCAGGAGCACCUGUGGCUCACACCUUCUGUUCCCCUUCUGGCUUGUGCAGAAUGUAAACAGCAGACUCAUACUCAAUGGGCACUACAGGCCUUAUCAGACGUUUUAUACAAGCCUGGAUUGCUUAGUAGGGGAAUAAGGCAUUCUCUGAGGGGGCUUUCCACUUAGAUUGAGAAUUUUAUUUGAAAAGAAUCUGGUUUAAAUGGCACUGUGGUCCGAGGUAGCUGCUCUCCCCACUGAGAGCUGAGCCGAAAUAUAAGAAUAAUAUAUUUGUGCUUCGAGUUGGUGUUUCUUUCAGUGUAAUGCAUGCAGUGGUCACAACCCAGUUACUCAUAAUAUUUGGAUUGUAUUUGUUCGUAGAUAUGCCCAGAAGACUAGAGAAUUAGUGUUAUAUACCAUAUAGAACUUACUGUCAGUCAACUAUAAACAGGCCCAAUUAAAAACUGUUCCAUUACUACGCAAACACAUAUUAGAGGCCUUUGCUGAUGACACAUUAGCUGGAUCUUAGCCACCCCAGAAAGGGUUUGAUUUGAAGCUGAUUGUUGCCAGAUAUGCAUAUUGGAAUCCCAUCUACCCAUAGUUCCUCUGAAGGUGAUUUUGUAAUUUGCAAAAGGGUAUAGGAAAAUAUACCUAAAAGCAAAUUUGUGGCUGAGAGGAUAAACAGAAGCUGUUUGCUCAUGUUCUGUGCCCCACACCCACCAAUACCUAAAUCUGUUAAGGAAGACAGAAAAUGUUUUCUUUGUGCUCAUUGAGUAGUUCCAGACAGAAGAAGAAUAUACUCUUUAAAAUGUAUUUACCUGUUAGUUGGAAGUACCCAGAAUUAUCAGAAACGAAUGCAAAAAAAAAGCUUACACAGCUUCUUAGCAAUUUUUUUUUUGCCAAAACAAUAAAUUGCCUUUAGCAGCAGUUUAAAAUCCUAUUGUGAACAACCUAUAUUUUCGCCAUUUUACAAUGGAGAGUUGUGACAAGUACAGGUUAUCAAGUUUGCACUUAACUAUGCCAAAAAAAGUUUGAAGCGCUCUAUUCUCAGACAUGCUGUAUUAUUACUUCUCAUUCAAGAUUGAAAAAUAUAAAGGUAUCCAAACUCUGUCUUAAUGUAAAUGUAACUAUUUUUCCUUCAAGUGUUGACUAGGGAGUCGGUUUCUCUCUUAAAGACACUCACUGUACAACUGAAAGCAGCUGUCAUAUUUCUGGCAAAAUGUGUUUACGUAUCUGAGAAGCUGUACAUUUGUGUAUGAACUGACAUAAAAUGUGAAAGCCUGUAAGUGUACAUGUAGUGGUGUGGUGUUCUGUCUAGAGGAUACAACUGAAUGUUUUUUAAUUUGCUGACUUACAGACACAGGCUGUUUACAAAAUGCUAGCUGGAAAGUCUGUAAUGUUCAUGUCAUAACUUUUAGUUAAUUGCCAUUGAGCACCUGUUCUGAGGAGGUGAGAUGUGGACUUGUGCUUAUAAACUGGAGAGUUUAGUCAUAAUCCCUCCUGGCUUUGUGUGAAUAGCUUGCUCACUUUGCUGGCCUUUGAAAUGUGUUCUCCGUGAUAAGCUAUCCAUGUGUUUGUGAUAAGAGUGCUUGUCAACCAUGACCAUCUUUGAGCCUUCCUAGUCCUCCACCUGGCACAGUAUUUGAAAUGGCAAAGGAUGUGCUUCAUCCUCUAACAGUGUACACUCCCAGAGCUGAUAUUCUGGAUUGUGACUGUGCACAUUUCCUCUAGUUCAUGUCUGUAGUCCCUAUAGAAUGAUCUGUAAUAAAAUAGUAUACUGGACUGUGCAUCAAAGGGAUGUAAAAUUACAGUAUUCCAAAGGUUGAAGUUCUGCUGUUUUGUUAUAAUGCCUGAUACACAUCUUGAAUAAAGUCUUAACAUUUUUCUUUUAAAAAA